AUGGCACAAAACACCGAAUACGACAAAGCAUCCCUCCCACCCACCACCAAACCUCUUCCCGCAGCACCAAAUGGACCACAUUCAACCGCAGACAAGCGCGCACACCUCCGCGUCGGAUCAGACGAGGGCACAGAUGUGGGCUUACUGGGCACAACAUUGAAGUUUGAGUUCAGUGGUAAGACGGCGAUGAAUAGGUUUCUGAAGGCGCCGAUGACUGAGCGGUUGUGUACGUGGAAUGAUGUGGAGAAGGGGGAGGAUGAGACGUAUCGAGGUGUACCGACGAAGGAGUAUACGUACUUAUAUGAGCAGUGGGGCAAAGGCCAAAUAGGCGUAAUCGUAACAGGAAACACCAUGCUCCGCUACGACGCCCUCGAAGCCUACGGCAAUCCCAUCCUCUCCGACGACCACGACAACCGAGUUCAAGCCUUCGCCGAAGUCGUCAAAGUCUCAAAAGCCCAAGGCUCACUCUGCGUUGCUCAACUAUCACAUCCAGGCCGCCAGGGAAGUAAAUACCUCAAUCCACAUCCCGUCAGCGCCAGCGAUGUACACCUAACCAUCAAAUGGGCCGGAAACGAGUUCGCUAAGCCCCGAGCCAUGGCAAAGGACGAGAUCAGGGAAAUGGUCAGACAGUGGGGAGAAACAGCGUAUCUAUGCUGGAAGGCUGGGUUCGAUGGUGUGCAGGUCCAUUGUGCGCACGGUUAUUUACUCGCGCAGUUUCUGUCUCCGACCACGAACCACAGAACCGACGAGUAUGGCGGAAGUUUCGAGAACCGUAGCAGAAUCGUCUUCGAAGUCAUUCGUGAAAUCGACGAACGGAUCCGAAAACACGAUCCCAGCUUCAUCGUUUGCGUCAAGUUGAACAGCGUCGAAUUCCAGGAUAAAGGUACCACUCCCGAACAAGCACGAAUGCUCUGCGUCAAGCUCGAAGAAGCACGUGUCGAUUUCGUGGAUUUAUCAGGCGGCACUUUUGAGGGCCGUGCGUUCCAUCACGUCAAAGAGAGCACGCAGAAACGAGAGGCGUACUUCAUUGAGUUUGCGGAGAUGAUUCGACCACUACUGAAAAAGACAAAGGUCUACGUCACAGGUGGGUUGAGGAGUGCAAGUGGAAUGGCCAAGGCUGUUGGUGAAGGUGCGUGCGACGGGAUUGGGAUUGGCAGACCGUUGGCUGCAGAACCGUUCCUGUGUAAGGAGAUAUUGGAGGGGAGAGUGACGGGGGCGAUUGAGAAUCUUGUGCCGUUGCCGUUGAAUACGCAGGCGAGUGGAACGCAGAUACAUCAGAUUGGGCUGGCGCAUGAGGCGAUUAGUGAUUGGAGUGUCGAGGGGGAGGUUGAGAGGUGGAAGGAGGCGAAUGAGAGGGAGACGGCGAGGAAGAUUAGUAUUUUGCCAAAGGUGGAUAGUAGUGGGUAUCCGAUGUUGAGGGCUGAGGCUGGCUUUAGGUAUUUGGAAGUUUGA